AUGACCUGAGUUUCCAAUGAUAAGGUCAUGUCGUCCUCCAGUCAGCACUGAGCAAAAUUUCAAGAGGAUAUUACUGAUGCUCUGAUCAGUCCCAUUACAUAAUUCUCCAGAAAGGUGGAUGGAAUAGUCGUCAAAGCAUCAACUUCUAUCAUCUCCCAGUCGACUAAGAAGUUCACAGAAAUCUCCCCCAGAUCUUCUGCUUUCGGUGACACUCUGCACGGGCCCUAGAUGUGAAUCAAUCCCAUGAUGCAACAUGUGUCCCCAGCACCAGCUCUGUCAAUGAUGGCCACCCAGAGUGUGCCGCCACCCCCUUACCAAGAGAGCCCACAGAUGACGGCCACGGCUCAGCAGACUGCCAAGGCCCAGCCAGUCCAUCUCCCAGCAUCCUCCGCGGCAACAAACCCUGUCCCCGGUGCACCGAUUGACCCUCAGGCUCAGCUGGAAGCUGACAAGCGUGCUGUCUACAGACACCCGCUGUUCCCGCUGUUGACGUUGCUGUUUGAGAAGUGUGAGCAGGCCACACAAGGGUCUGAGUGCAUUACUUCUGCCAGUUUUGAUGUGGAUAUUGAAAACUUUGUCCACCAGCAAGAACAAGAGCAUAAGCCAUUCUUCAGUGAAGAUCCCGAGCUGGACAACCUGAUGGUGAAGGCGAUCCAGGUCCUGAGAAUCCAUCUGCUGGAAUUGGAGAAAGUAAAUGAAUUGUGCAAGGAUUUUUGCAACCGGUAUAUCACCUGCCUGAAGACGAAAAUGCACAGUGAUAAUCUGCUCAGGAACGACUUGGGCGGACCCUAUUCCCCUAACCAGCCAUCCAACAGCAUUCACACACAGGAUCUGUUACAGAACUCCCCCAGCUCAUUGUCUGGCCUCUCCACCAACCCACAAGGAAUCGUAGUGCCGUCCUCCGCCCUUCAGCAAAGCAGCCUCUCCAUGACAACCGUCAACUCCUCGCAGGUUGUAUCAGGAGGUGCACUUUACCAACCAGUUGCAAUGGUAACAUCCCAGGGACAAGUAGUAACUCAAGCUAUCCCACAAGGAGCAAUUCAAAUUCAAAAUGCACAGGGAGUUAUGAUGGAUAUAAAGCAAAUUUCAUGCUCGAGCUUCUCUGCUGUCCCACAGGUCAAUUUGGAACUGACCUCUCUGCUUGAUGGCGAAGAUAAAAAGUCUAAAAACAAGCGCGGAGUCCUCCCGAAGCACGCCACCAACAUAAUGCGAUCAUGGCUUUUCCAGCACCUAAUGCACCCGUAUCCAACAGAGGAUGAGAAACGGCAGAUCGCUGCCCAGACAAACCUUACACUAUUGCAAGUCAACAACUGGUUCAUAAAUGCCAGGCGGCGCAUCCUGCAGCCAAUGUUAGAUGCCAGUAAUCCUGACCCAGCACCAAAAGCAAAGAAGAUAAAGUCACAGCAUCGGCCAACCCAGCGGUUCUGGCCCAACUCAAUUGCAGCCGGAGUGUUACAGCAACAAGGCGUGUUACCUGGGACCAACCCUGAUGGUUCUUUGAACAUGGACAGCCUGCAGUCUUUAUCUUCGGACCCUCUGUCCAUGCAGCAGGCCAUGAUGAAUGCACAUGAUGACUCGCUGGAUGGAACAGAAGAAGAGGACGAAGAAGAGGAGAUGGAAGAAGAUGAACUGGAGGAGGACAGUGAAGAUCUCCAGACAACAAAUGUCAGUGACCUGGGCUUAGAACAAAGUGACUCCCUGGAGUAGUAAACUGGUGACCUGAACACACACAGCCGCAAUAGAACUGAUACAACCUCAGCCUGGGCUUAAUAUUUGUAAUGGACACUGGUUUACCUGUCUCUGAAUGACUUAAGCCCACAGCCUGCACUUGCUCGGAGUACUGUCUGCCCUCUGCACAUUUUGGUGGACCAGAACCAGCCAUGAUGAGACUUCACCUCUCCACUCCCAUAAACACUAAGGACAUAUAAACUGAGACUUCUGUAAAAUACAAUUUCUUGUACCGUUCUUCAGACACAUGGAUGUAAACAGUCUUCUCCCUCCGGGCCCCGGUCUGGUGGCAGCCGCUCCCUGCCCCCGGCUGUUAUUUAAGUGACGGACACAUGUUUACAGAGCCACGUGUUGUGGCCAAAUUUGUUUCCUGUUUUGUUUGUUUUUUUAAAGAACUGAACACGUUUUUAGGUCAAGCUUUUUUUUCUGUAUUAUUGAGACUGAACGCUAAUGAAAUAUUUCCCCUCUCUCCCCCCUGGAAGUCAUCUGUAUCUAUAGAUAUGCUGGACAGCCACACGUGUAUCUAUAUGUACAUGGAUAAAACUUCUCAUCUCCUGGACAAGACAAAUAUGAAACAUUUGUGUGUAAAUUCUGGGACCGCACUUCCCCCACAAUCUCUCAGAUAACAGACUAUUAUCAGACUCAUCUAUUUUGGCAAGUAAACUGUUUUAUGAAAUUUCCAUAUAAACAGAGUAUGACAAUUAUAAA